GAGUUCCCUCAGUUGCUGCCUUCUUUUUUGUGUGUGUGCAGGUGAAUAGUUUAAAGCCUGAGGUGGGGCCUCCCAUAGCUGUUCCAAUCAGUUUGGUUUCUCAGCUAAUAAAGAAGAAUUUCCUGUUUGGGCUCCACUGUACAGAGAAAGGAGCUGAUCCCCACUGCUAGCUGCCACCACCACUGUAGACUGGAGUCCCCCACGAUAAUAUUCUCUUUUCAGGUUCAGAGGUAGGGAAAGGAGACCCUACAGUCAGGGAGAGCAGGGUUAUCUACUGCUGAGGUGGGAAGACAAGAAGCUGGAAACAGAGGCCACCUGCGCGUAGUCAUGGCUAGUAAAACCAGUUCAAGCACCAUGAUUGCCUCUCCUGUUCCUACUAACGCUACAGGAACCACUACUGCUCAGCCCAGCUUCAUUGAAGGCAUAAUUAAUGAAAUACCACUACCCAAAUGGGCUCUCAUUGCCAUUGUGGUCGCAGCGGGCCUUGUUUGCAUUCUCAUUCUCAUCUGCAUCAUCAAAUGCUGCUGUUGCAAAAAGAAACGCAAGAAGAAGGAGAAGCUCAACUUGGUUAACUUCAAUGGCUCCACCACGGCCAGCUUGGUACAGCCAGAUAUGGAUGAUCUGGAGAGUGGUCUGGAGGAUGAGAAGCGAGGAAGGCUGCAGUAUUCCUUGGAGUAUAACUUCCGCAGCCAGGAGAUGAAGGUUGGAGUGAAGCAAGCAGCUGAUUUAAAGGCUAUGGACAGUGGGGGGACCUCUGACCCAUAUGUAAUUGUCUACCUAACAUCUGAUAUCAAGAAGAAGUAUGAAACCAAAGUUUACCGCAAGACGUUAAAUCCUGUCUUCAAUGAAAGCUUCACCUUCCAGAUUCCUCAGGCUGAAAUGUCUGAGUCCACCCUGGUGAUGCAGGUGUAUGACUUCAACCGCUUUGCCAGACAUGACAUCAUUGGCGAGGUCCGGUUGCCUCUCAGCAAUGUUGACCUGCAGCAUGUCAUGGAGCAGUGGAAUGAACUCGUCGCUGCCAGUAAGACUGAGCAAGAGCACCUAGGUGAGAUCUGUUUCUCGCUUCGAUACGUCCCCACCACCAGCAAGUUAACUGUAGUGAUCCUUGAGGCCAAGAAGCUAAAGAAGAUGGACUCACAUGGAUUGACAGACCCCUAUGUCAAAGUGCAGCUGAUCCUGAACAAGAGGAAAUGGAAGAAGAAGAAGACAAGUGUGAAGAAGAGCACUUUAAGCCCCUAUUUCAACGAGGCAUUUGUUUUUGAUGUGCCUUUCAGUCAGAUCCAGAACGUAGACUUGGUGAUCGCAGUGUGGGAUUAUGACAAGGUGACCAAGAAUGAACAGAUUGGUAAGGUGUUCCUGGGCUGCAGAGCCACAGGCAACCAUCUGCGCCACUGGUCAGACAUGCUGGCUAAUCCCCGCCGGCCCAUCGCUCAGUGGCACAGCUUGCAGUCGGCAGAAGAAGUUGACAAUGCCUUGGGGCUGAAAACCCACUUUAAGCUGCCUCUGCCCAGCCGAUAAAAGGACCUCCUAUCUCUCUCUCCACUUGCUGUUGUGAAGGAAUCUGGAACCACAGACAUACUUGGAUGAAAGGGGAGGGUUGCAGAAGGCUGGCAAGAAGUGCUUAAGCUAUGGGCUGGGGUAGGGAGGGCUUUUCAUCACAAAGGCUUGGGUCAAUCAACCAUAGCAAAAAUGUCAAUGAGCAAGGGAACCAAGUUUUCCUUUGACCUCAGAUCAGGUGGAGAGCUGGUAACCCAUGCAACUGGCACGUGACAGCAACAGCAAACUGCAAAACCUACAGUGCACCCCCACUGUACCCACAUGCUUGCUUCAGACAAAUGGAGACAACAGCACAGAAUGUUUUUCAGUCUUAUAUAUUGGGGUUGGGGUACACAAGGGUCAUGGAAAGUAGGGGGCUGGAAACAACCUGGCCUCUGCUUACAAGACACUGCAAAAGACAUCUGAAACCAUAUGGAGACAUGGGAUGCGGAAAUACACAGAGCUAAAAUGAGUGCAAUAACUGUGAGUCCUUGUCCACAUUUUAAAAUAAUUUAUCUUGAAGUUUAACUUAUAGGCAGCACUGGGUGCUCUAUUUACUUAUAAAGAGUCACAGUGGUCCUUUCGGAGAAGCAAAGGUGGAAGAGACUUCAGGAGUUCAUCUAGUUCAACCCCCUGCCUGGGCAAGGUCAUCCCUGCCUAAACCACACCAGUCAAGCAUCUGUUUAACUUGCACUUAAACAUGUCCAAGGAUGGAGAUUCUGCAACUCUUCUGGGUAUCCUGUUCCAGUGCUUAACCACCCUCAGAGUGAGAAAGUUCUCCCUAAUGUCCAGCCUAAAUUUUCCUUGCUGCAACUUAAUUCCAUUGUUCCUUGUCCUGUCCUCUGCAGCCACAGAGCAUAGUCUAUCUCCAUCCUCUUUAUAAUUACCCCUCAGGUGCUUGAAGACUGUUAUUUAAUCCUCCACUCCCUCCAAUCUUUUCUUCUCCUGACCGCACAAUCCCAGUUCUUCUGACCUCUCCUUGUAAGCCAGGCUCCCUAGACCUUUUGGUUAGUUUGGAGGGUAGAUUAGUAGUGAGUACAAGCUUGCAGGCAGAGGUUGUGAAAGAUUUUUACGCAGGCCAAACAUGCUGAAAAGUGGCUGACCAGGCAGAGAGCCCAGUGUCAAAAGAGGCUGCUCCUUAAACUUGAAGGAAGGAGAAAAUGCCCUGCUGUGCUUUGGGCCUGCUGUGUGACCUGAGCAAGUCACUUUGUCUUUCUGUGCCUCACUGCCCUGCAUGCCUUUGCAAAGGUAUGAUGAGUUUAAUGAGUAUAAUGCAAAGGUAUAAUGCACACUGGCUAUGGGGGCUCUAUAAGCAGAGUGACCUCCUGACAGAGAGUAGAUUUAAGCUAGAUAUCAGGAAAAACUUCAUGGUAAGGAUGGCCAAAAUUUGGAAUGAGUUUUCAAGGAAAGUGCUCUCCCUUACCUUGGGGGUCUUUAAGAGAAGGCUGGACAUGCACCUGGCUGGGGUCAUCUGACCCCAGGACUCUUUCCCACCCAGGGCAGGGGGUCAGACUCGAUGAUCUGCUGAGGUCCCUUCUGAUCCUAACAUCUAUGAAUCUAUGAAACAUGCAGGGUGAAAGUCAUGGACAAUGGGGAUGGGGGCUUGGCUGUGUUAUUGCUGAGGUGAGAUGGAAUUUGUAGAGGGAUGCACAAUGAGAAUCACUGAGAGAUUAGAGGGAACCCUACUUCAGAGCAUGCUGGGAUUGCUACCAGGAUGCAGCCUCUGCUUUAAAAAGAAACAAAACAAAAAAACCAAAACAGCUCUUACAGGAUUUUUCAGAGGUAUAACUGGGCAGUUCUGUGCCCUGGGCACUGGUGCACUUGGUGGGCCAUCUGUGGUAGCGUGGCAUCUGGGAGACCAGUGGUGGCAGCUGCUAGUUUUGCAGUCCCCAAGUUGGUGACUGCACCUAGUGCCUCAGUUGCCCCCACCCCCUUAAUUACACUACUAGGAUCUGCUGACUGUACACUGUGUUGCUGUAGCCUUUUGUUUACCCUGUACCUGCUCCAUUCAUGGUCUGUAUUAGUGCAGCUUAAACUGUGCACUUUCCAGGGGGAGGAUGUUGCAUUUUCAUUCAUUCCUGUCACGUGAGGUUAUUGCACCAUGCCUAUGUUUAUCAUUCAGGACAGAGCUCAGUAGCGUCUGUCUUGAUGGAUAAUUAAGGAAAGAGGACACAAGGUGGCUUAUCCCCUCUGCACUCUGUGGACAGGUUCCAUACUCCAUCUCCAGUCCUGUGCCCAAAGGGGACUGCACUAACUCUGGGGAAUUUGAGCCAGAUUCUGCAAAACAGGAUUCACGCAUAGCAGCCUGUUACAGGCAGCAUCAGUGUUUUAAUCUGUCCUCACACUGCCUUCAUGUGGGAGGAAACGGGGAAAUAGAAAAAGCCAAAAGGUGUGACAUUUUCAAAAUAAAAUCAGUUUGAGACUGAAUUUUUAGCCACAUUUAUUUAUUUUUAAAGGGAGAGUAAAAAGACUUGGAAAUAAAAUAUUGCAUUUAACCCAGAAUGGCCUUUCUUCAGGUUUUCUGUUUUGAUGAGGAAAACACCUGAAACUUUUUCAGUUUCUGCCAAAAUGAACUUCUUAUUUUUUAACUCUGCAGUUCAUCAGCUGAACUAACAGCUCAGUUAAUUGCAAAGCUCUCCUCUCAUCUGCUUCCCCAAAAUCUCUGUUGGCCUUGUUUACACUGAAGGAUUUCAUUUCAACCACAGUGUCUAAAGAGCAGGUUAUUGGUAUCUGGCCUAGGGACCAAAGUUACACAUAAGCUGGUGUAAAUGAUCAGAAACUGGUUCUAAUCUGUGGCACAACAGAAGUUCAGUGCACAUAAACCAGUUUAAAAAUGGCCAAAACCAGUUUAAUAUGAAUCUGGAUGGUUUUAGUAUCAGACUUAACUGAUUUAGGUUAAAUCAGUUUAUUGAACUUCUAUCCCAAAUUCCCUCCAGAUUCAAGUUAACUCACAGUCCCCCAGUAUCCCAACAUGCUUUGCAUGUCCUCUGCAAACCCCAUCCCCUUGCAGGGUGGGUGGGCAAGCCUUUGCCCAAGCUGUCUCAGCUGAGCAGGGAGCCAUUCUCUAAUGCUCCUCAGCUUCUGAUCUGGGCCAUUGCAGGCAUGUGGCUGCACUUCUGGAAUCAAAAGUGAAUGUCUGUUCACUUGCAUAUUGGUUCAAUCUACACAACUUAGACUAACCUGCAAAGAUUGAAUUGGUUAAGCCUCAUGCUUUUUGACUGUCUAUACUUACCCUUGAAGGUGAAAUGGCUACCACAGUGCUUCAAGCACAGGGACACGGGCACAGGAGUGUUUUUAAUUGGCAUUUCCAGGGGGCAGUGCUCUUCAAGUGUUCCUUGUUUAGAGGUAGUCAUUAAGCUAGCUUUCCACCGAUGCUACUUGGCAUCUAUACCUGCUUUUGCCAGAUUGGGCUUCUCUUGGCAGAGCCAAUGCUAGAUAAAGGAAGAACGAGAUUUAGAAGGGACUGUGUGUGUCAAACUGCAUACUUGAAAAUACUGUGGAGUACCCUUUUUGAUGCUGUUAUGUGCAGUAUCCAGUGCAAUGGGGCUCCCAGCUUGAUUGGGCUCUGUAAGUGCUACCAGAAUACAAAUAAUUAUUUCUAUUUAAAAAAUACCCUGGAAAAACUAUCUGUGCUGCACAGCAUCACAAACCAAGAUGCCAAAGUGGUUUCCCCUGUUGUUUUUGCUGCAAAGAAACAGUGCUGGACCAAAUUCACCCCUGGUGCAGCUCCAUUGAUUUCAGUGUAUUUAUGCUAGGGAUGGAAGUAGCUCUGAUUAUAUCCAAGUGAUUCAAAUGCAUAAAUCAAUGAGAUUUUUUUCUUAGAAACUUCCCCUCCAACCAUUUUAGGUGUUUGAUUGUUAACAAAGUGCAGGCAUUAUCAGAUCUGUAGAUGAGAAGGAGAGAGAAUUUGAGAGCACCAUGAAAACUCAUUUCCUCCUUUACUGUCCUAUCAUGUAAUAAGAGGAGAGCAUUCUAGGCUAGAUUCCUACCUGGACUUAUCUGCAGUAACAUCAGCUGGUGGAAGGACUAGUCUGUUGAGGUUUGCCUACAGCAGCUGUUGACAUCGCUGCAUGCUUGACUCCAGGUUUUUGCAAUCUGCUGUCAAAUGUUGCAGCAGAGGAAACACAGAGCUCAUUGCAUGGGAAGCUGUCUUCCAAGACAAAGCACAGGAUCUGAAGAAGCCUUUGGAGACUGCAGAAACACACCAGCAUUUAUGUCACUGGCAUUUUUACCUGUGCCAGCAUCCCUACUGCAACAGGAAAGCAGCCUUUGAUUUGCUUGUGGUAAUCUGUCACUGUGGCCUGUGAAACCAGUGCACUCUUGGCUCUGUGUGGGUAACAACCUUUCCAGGAAGGACUUCACAAUAGCAAUGCAAAGUCAGAGCUGUCCUUGAAUUGUUCAAAUUGGCAUGAGAGGUAGGAAGGGCUUAAAACCAUCCUACAUGUAGCAUUCUGCAUCCCUCUUGUCUCCAAGCAGACUCAGUCCUCUAGUGACUUGUGUAAUUCUGCCAGGUUUUUUAAUACCAUGGUGAUGGGUACAGAGUAAGAUCCUAAGUAGAAGAGAAAUGGUGAGUGGCUGGCUUUAGCCAAAAGAAGAGGCCAAAUAUGGCAUGGGCUUCCAAGGGAGGUGAUGCUCUCCCCUACCUUGCGGGUCUUCAAGAGGAGACUGGACAAGCACCUAGCUCAGGUCGUCUGAACCCAGCACUCUCCUGCCCGGGGGUCAGACUCAAUGACCUACUGAGGUCCCUUUUGACCCUAACAUCUAUGAAUCUAUGAAUUACUAACUAUUAAUGAGAAAGUUUGUAUGGAGGGACCACAUUAGCAAAAGCAGGCUUCAUGCUUACUCCAGUCUCUACCAGAGGCAGGUUCAACUGAACUCUGUACACUCUGGCCUUGCACCCUUUUCUUUUGCUGCAUUAGGGAUCAAGUUUGAGGGUUGGCUUGGAAAUUGCUACAGUAGCUGAACAUCCCCUGAGGAUAUCCUGUGAUCCUUUAGGGCAUUGAUAUUGCCUUCUGUUGUCAGACCAUAUGAUGCUAGAAAACCAGGGUCAUUACUAUUGUGCCCUGCUCCCUAAAUUCAAAGGGAGUCUAAUUUACAGUUACAUGGCAUUCGGUAUCUGGGUUGGGCACUUGUUUCUCUAUGGAGUGCUAUAGGGAGAAAUCUAAUCCCAGACAGUGAUCUGCUUGUCUUUGGGUAGCAGAGAACUGGGGAGAGUUAAGGCACUGACAGACUCAUAGUAGAAGAAAAUUAAUCUGAAAUUAUCUGGUGCACCCCUGAAUGACUAUCGGGGAGUGUCAAAUAAAUGCCAAGAGAGUGUGAAAGGCUCAGAAACUCUUAAUAGAGAUUAAUAACUUGUAUUUGAGUUAGAAAACCCACUGUGCAUGAUUCUUAAUAAAUGUUUUCUGGGUUUAAUAGAACUUAUUCAAGAAAGCAGGAAAGAAAAGAACGCUAGACAAUUAUUUUGAAAUAAAUACAACAAAUGGAGUGUGGCCUAUAUUAGCAAAACAGACCUUAACUUACAUGUUUAAUGAACUACAUGGGAAAAUAAAUCAGCUGACAAAAUACCUGCAGAAAGGAUAUACAGCAAAUUAAAGUCUCAGCCUCAAAAUAAGAUAGAAGGGGCUUUUCAAACAGUAACAUCUUUUACAAAUGGAUUCACCUUGAGGUCAGCUUCAGUGAGAACCUAUCAUGGGUGGAGAUUUAGGGUUGUAACCUUUCUGUUGAGCCUGAGCAACCAUCAGCAGCAACAAGAACGGAGUUUAAUUUUGGGGUACUAAUUAUAUUCCAUCUCAGCUCAAGCCGCCACCUAGACCCCCUGGGAAACACUAAAUGAAUCACUAGGGUGUCCAAUAAAACCAACAACUGUUCCCUUGCAAGUAGUAUGAACACAAACCCCUGAUUUAUUACAGAGGCAAACACUAGAACACAAAAUAUGGUCAAGGGAAAAAAAAUACAAAACACUGUUCCAGUUCAAAGGAUACCCUGUAUCACCCCUACCCCUAUUGUGGAGCCUUCGACCCUAGGCCUGGCAGUUGGAGUGUGGGGGAGUCUCAACCCGCAAGAGGUUAGUCCCUGGGAAUUUGGGUGCAUCAUUGCCCUUGCUGUCGCUGGCCACUGGGGGGUGCCGGUCCCCUCUGCUUUGGAAGGGCCCUUCCUUAAGUUCAUGUAACUCCUCUGGGCUGCUGGGGAGCCCCCAUCUCGGCUCCUGCCCUGUGCUACCGGCUCCUGCCCUGCAUUCUCAGUCCAAACCCACAUGGCCAUGCUGACUCAAAACCCUGACUCUCUGCACCACCUGGCCUCAGGCUUCAGCAAGCAUUUCAGUGUUCCCUCUUGUUUUUUUCUUUUUUAAUAAUAUAUUUCAUGUUCUAGGUCAAAUUACCCAAAUCAGUUCCAAAUCAUAUUGACUGAGCAGAAUUCAAUCGUUCCAAAAACUGUAUCAAUUGAGCAGACAGAACUGAGUCGUUCUAAACACCAUGUAUGGUGCUACAAUCGGCAAGCAUCCUUCAUCCCAGACCCUCAGCCUGGGACUUCAGAUACUCCCAAAUCCAUUGACAGGCAUCCUACAUGCAGGCCCAAGCCCAGAGGUCUUGGGAUUGGGAUGCCCCUUGCACUUGAUCUGAGUUACAAGGCUCCCAGAGGGGACCCAGGGGAAAAAAAAAAAUCCAGCCCAGGUGGCCUGAACCUUAAAUAAUUUCCCUGACAUCAUCACAGGAUCCCAAUCAAGAAACAGCAUCAUCUCAGUCCGGCCACUGGGGGUACACCGUUCUGUGCCUGGCCGCUGGGGGUACACUGACCCAAGCCCCUGCUUUACAGCACAAACAAGAUACACAGCAGCUUGCAACCAGAACACGCUUGAUAGCACAAAAUGACUUGUAUGUCUUGGGUGUGCUACAAGAUCAUAAACUAUAGUCACAGUGGGAUUGGCAAAAACACUAAAGAGGGGUGAAUUUGUUUUGCUUAAUUUCAAAUGUACUUGGAUAUCGUAACCUUGGGGGCAAAGCGUGAAUAUUACUGGGUUUUCAUUCUGUAUUAAAAAGGAACUUUGAAUUAAA